AUGGAGGAGCAGCUCAUCCAGGCGGUCGACAUCGCCUCCAACCCGCUCGCCCGUGCAGGCCCCGACGUCACCUCCCAGGCGCUCCAGUUCCUCGAGCAUCUCAAAACCAUCACCCACGAGAGCUGGAGCGUCGGCUGGAGCGUCUGGUCCGCACGCAACGCCGCCGACAAUGCGCCAAAGUACAGCCAGAAUGCACGCAUGUUCGGCCUCAUGCUCGUCGACGACUUUCUCGAAAACCGCAUCAGCUUGUCUUCCGACCCCGCCGCCGCCGUAGCCUCGCUCCAACAGUCCGCCAUCGAGUACAUCCAGAACGAGUAUGUCUCGGGCAACGGCGACGGUGCCGUUCCUUACAUCAAAAACAAGUUUGCACAGGUGCUCGCCGUGCUGCUGCUCCAGACCUACAACCUGCCACCACCUUACACGCUCCUCCCGACGCUCUUGUCCAUGAUCCGCGCACACCCCACCGCAUCGCCCUCCCAAGCUUCGUCCUCGCACAUCCCGCUCAACCCGCUCACCACCGACCUCGUGCUCAGAGUGCUCCACGACCUCUCCGUCACGCUCGGCUCCGACGUCACGCUGCGUGCCGUUCGAUCCAAGGAGCGUCUCCAGCGCGACGCCGUCAUCCGGGACGAGAUCCGUGCCAACCAUGCCGCCAACAUCGCAGAGUCCGUCUGGCGUGUCGUCGAGGAAGGCUUCAACCGCGUCAACCUCGGCGAGCACGCCUCGGAUCCCUCCACCGCCGCCGGCGUCCGCAGCUUGUCCUUUGCAGGCGCCGUCGAUCUCACCGCCGCCGCCACCAAGAUCGUCGAGGACUACGUCUCGUGGAUCGACAUCAACCUCGUCGUGUCCAACCAGACCGUCUCUCUGCUCUUCAACGUCCUACAUCAUCCCAUCCCAAAACUGCGCACCGCCGCCGCAGACGCCUUGCACGGCAUCGUCAGCAAGGGCAUGAAGCCCGCCGACAAGCUCAGCCUGGCUCAGGCGCUCAACCUGCCCCACGUCAUCACGCCGCUCGAGUCGCAGACGCGCACCGGCCAGGCGGCUCAGAACGGCCAGAGCGACCGAAGCGACUCCAACAUCGAGUUCCGCGAGCACCUCGCGCGGCUCACCAACGGACUCGUGCUCGAGAUGUCCAAGAUCCUCGAGGAGAGUGCCGCCGAGGAGGCCACCAAGCUCGCGGCGGAGGCGCUGCUCAACUCGGUGCUCCCGCUCGUGCUCGCCUUCCUGUCGGACGAGUACGACGAUGCCUCCGAACAGAUGUUCUCGGGCGUCAACAUGAUCCUCGCCAUGUACAAGAAGGCGCGAAGGCGCGGUGCAGAACUCACCGGCCCGCGCGCCGAGUUCCUCUCCAGCCUCAUCGGCGUCGCGCUGCAGAAGAUGAAGUUCGACGACGACGCAGAGUGGCCCGCCAGCAGCUUUGGCGCGGCCGACGACGACGACGAAGAGGAGGACGAGGACGAUGCAAAGUUCCUCGACAUGCGCCGCAACCUCCAGACCAUCGUGGGUGCGAUCGCCGCCAUCGACGACAAGCUGUUCUCGACCAGCGUCGCGCAGCUCGUGCUGUCCACCUUUGCCUCGUUCGAGGCGAGUGCGGCAGGCACGGGCGCACAGCUCUCGUGGCAGCAGAUCGAACUCGCGCUCUACGUCAUCACCUUUUACGGCGACGUCAUGACGACCGCCAUCGCCGCGCCCAAGGUCGGCCUCUCGCCAGCCAUGUUUGUCCAGAGCCCCGAGGCGGGUUCCAAGGGCCGCGCGCCCAAGUUGGGCAACGAGGCGCUGGCAGCCUUGCCGCUCAGCGAUCUGGGCGAGAUGGUGCAGAAGCUGGUGCAGUCCAACGUGUCGAGCUUCCCGCACCCGGCGGUGCAGCUGCAGUUCUUCGAGUGCCUCGUGCGCUACUCGAACUUCUUUGCGGCGCGCAGCGCGUGCGUCUCGGAUGCGCUGCCGGCGUUCCUGGACUGGCGCGGCGUGCAUCACGAGAAGCUGGGUGUGCGCAAGCGCGUCAACUAUCUGCUCUACCGCUUUGUGCGCGACCUGCGUGCCGUGGCGGCCGUGCCGCUCGACUACGUGCAGAGGCUGCUGCAGGGGCUGCAGGACUUGCUGGUGGUGCGUGCCGAGCUGCCGGAAGUGGCGCCCGACGAGGAUCCGUUGGAGAAGGCGACGGGCCAUGCAGGCUACUUUGACAGCCAGCUGUAUCUGUUGGAGACGAGCGGCAUCCUGAUCUCGCUGCUCAACACGGCGCCCCAGGAGCAGCUCGUGCUGCUCAAGGCGAUUUCGGAGCCGCUGAGCGAGCAGAUGCGUCAGGCGGUGCAGGCAUUCCAGCGCAAUGCGCAGGAUCUGACGUCGGUGCUGCAGGUGCACCAUCUCAUGCUGGCGCUCAGCAGCUUGUCCAAGGGCUUCCCGGACGUCAAUCCGAACAGCGCGCAGCCCGAGCCGCAGUGGGUGGGCGUGUUCAAGGCGAUCACCGAGCAGGUGCUGCUGAGCAUCGGUGCGAUGAACAGCUUUGCGGUGGUCCGGGAGGCGGCGCGCGGUGCGUUUGCAAGGAUGGUCUCGACGUGCGGCAAGGCGGUGCUGCCGUACAUUCCCGGGCUGAUCGAUGCGCUGCUGAGCGAGGUGACGUCGCAGGAGCUGGUGGACUUUGUCAACUUUCUGUCGCUCGUGGUCAACAAGUACAAGGACGACGUCAAGCCGAUUGUGGACCAGCUGUUCCUGAUGCUGGUGGAGCGCAUCUUUUUCUUCCUCAACCAGAGCGUCAUGGGCACCGACGAUGCGGUGCACAAGUCGGAGCUCCAAAAGGCGUACAUGAACCUGCUGUCGAGCAUGGUGCAGUCGGGCAUGGAGGGGGUGUUUGUGUCGGACAAGAAUGCGGCUCAGCUGGAAACGCUGCUGCAGAGCGUUGUGUUCUACUCGACCAAUUCGGAUGCGGCGUGUCAGCGCACGGCGUUUAGCAUCCUGCACAGGCUCGUGGCGGCUUGGGGUGGGUCGAGUGGUGCGGCCAACGGAGCUGCGGCAGGGUUGCCUGGAUUCGAGCGGUUUAUCUACGAGACGCUGAUCGGGCUCAUCUUUGAGGCGCCCACCAAGGACACGUUUGACUUGCGCGAUGCGCAGGCGCAGAUCGUGCUCGGCGAAAUCGCCACGCUCGCCAAGACGAUCUACGCAAAGAGGGGUGACGAGGCGGUCGAGUACCUCACGCAGGUCUACUUUCCGGGCAUCCAUUGUCCUCCCGAGAUGGCGGCUGACUUUGCUCAGAACCUCAAGACGCUAGAGGCCAAGCCGUUUAAAAAGUACCUCGAAGCCUUCAUCGUGCGCUCGCGCGGAGGCUAG